CUGUAUGUGUGUCAUUAGCCAGUUCUUUCAUUGACCAAAAUGGCAUGCAAACACGACACAAAAAUUCAGCCCGCGACUGUUUUCAUUUGGGGCACAGUCUUGUUAAUUUUGUCAUCGACGUUAACAUUUAGCGGUGCUUCUGCGGAGAGGAGUAAAACAGUGGAGUUCAAUGUGAAACCCGGUGGAGUUGUGCACACAUUCUCUGAGAAAAUCAAAGACUAUGAAUGUAUCUUCACCUAUGCGUCGCAAGGGGGCACUAACGAGCAAUGGCAGAUGAGUGUUGGGCUGAGUGAUGACGAGCGUUUGUUUUCCUGCUCUGUGUGGAGACCUCAAGGGAAGUCCUACUUGUUUUUCACACAGUUCAAAGCAGAGAUUAAAGGAGCCAAGAUUGAAUAUGCCAGCGCAUACUCUCAGGCCACAGGGGGAGGACAGGCGGAUGUGGCUUUGAAACCUGAGGAGUUUAAAAUAGGAGAGACCACAGUCACCCACACUGAAGGCAAAUUCCGUGCGGAACUCUCCAAGCUGACCGUGAUUGGCCGAACACGACAUGAUGAGCUCUGAUUGGCUGUAAUCAGUGGAGCCAGUGGAGGACUGAUGCCCAGUCACUGGACUGUCCAUUGUAACAGCAGAAGCAGAGAGUUCCAAGCCAAAUGAAAAGAUGAGAGAAACUGACUGAGCUUGCUUAAAAAAAACAAACAAACAAGAAAACAAAAAAAACCCCAAACCUAUAAAGCUGUAAAGGACCAUCUCUAACUUUCUCUGGGAUGUUGGCCUCAAUUCUGAUGAACUGGGUUUAUGGGGUCUGCUGGGAAGGAGGGCUUGCCUCAGAGUAGAAUUAUGAAUGUGACAUUUUUUUUUCUGUAAGGCCAUCCUUCUGAAAGGUAAUGAAGUAAUAAAACCACGCAGACAAGGCUGAACUUGUGUCUUAAAACUGUGGGAUAGCGCCGUGAAGGCCACGUUAAGCUGUCAUUAUUUUUGAGUUGGUUUUGAUAGUUGACCUAAAGCUUCUGAUGGAGUUGUUGAUAUUGUGUUAAAUGGAUUAGAUUGAGAGAGGUCCCGCGUGCCAAUUUCAGGGUCACGGCUGACUGUGUGUCAGCCCACACCAGUGUAACCCAUUUUUAGAGCUCCACCUACUGGCCAGGGGGUGUCCAUCAGCUCCUUCAUUUAGGGUCAAACUCAGACAGUCCACACAUUGCUAGCCGGCUUUCAUACGGACAGAUAGGGAGUUACUUGAUUGAUUUUUUUUUUUCUUAAUUCUGUUUGGUUUUCCAAUAUACUGAGAUUUUAGUAAAUAAAUUUACUCUGUUAUCAG